AUGGAAGAUUCAGGAGCAAUUCUCGCUCAUAUUUCAUCUCUGAAGGAAAUGCUGGAUCAGGUAAACGAAGAAAUGGAGGCUAAUAUUGAGAUUACUCGAGAGAUUGAAUCCAGCAUCGUUAAAUGCGAGGAGAUCGAGGCUGAUUUGGCAACUAGAGAAGCCGAUUUGAUCAAGACCUCUGCCAUCUUGCAGUUCGACACCGUUGGAUACGUCACCGUCGCUGCUGAUUUCAGGGCUUCGGUAAGUACCUUGGAGAAGGAGUUAUGCUGUCUUAAAAUGAGGCGGGAUGAGAUCGUCAAUGAAAUGGAUGAAAAACGGGGAAAGUUUAUAACACUAUGUCUAGAAUUUCAGAAAGAAAUUGACAAGAGAGAAGAUUGCGAAAUGAGAACUUUGUUGUCUGAGAAAGAUUCCCUGGAAAAUGAGAUUCAACUUUUGGAUGAGAAAAAUAAUGUUUUGGAAAAUUCAGUAUUGGCAUUUGUGGAGGAGAUUCUUGAAGAUCUUCAUAGUUCGAACUCAGCAUUAGAAGUUCAGAUACAGAGGAGUAACUGGGAGAACGAGAAAUUGCUUGAGGAUAUCAAUAAUUUGAAGACUACACUGCUUUCAGCAAUUGGGACCAGCGACGGUGAUCUAUACGGAAUAUAUGAAGAGCAGCGACUAGCAAUGGCAGCAACUACAUCAAGAGUUGAAGAACUUGAAGCACGUGCUGUUUCUCCAUUGAAGUUGGCAGGGCAACAAACUCUUUGCGGUGAAGCAGCUUUUCAUGUUUGGGUACAGUUGCCUCCUGAGGAUUAUGCUGCCUCACAUGUGGGUUAUGGCCACUAG